AUGAGUGUAGACAGUACUAUGACAGUUGACUACGAAGAUUCAUCAUCAAUACCAGAAAAACUUUCUUUACUGGUAUUUAUUGCUGCUAUUAUUAUUGGAAAUAUUUGUGUAUUUAUAACAUACUUUGUUCGUGCUGAUGGAAAACAUUGGUCACAUAUAUUUGUAUUAGGUAUGGCAUUUAUUGAUUUAUUUAUUGGAAGUUUCGUUCUUCCUAUGCGUUUUAUAAGUGCUUAUGGAGAUUCAUUAACAUCAAAAUUAUGUACUGCAUUAACUAUUGGUGAAUCAUGUGCAUUAGCUUCUGUUAUUUAUACAAUUACAUAUAUGGUGUAUACUCGUUUAUAUGAUUUAAAUCAAAGAUUUACAAGAAUUCAACGUCGUUAUCUUAUUCUAUUAAUAUUAACAACAUGGAUUGCUAUAUUUUUAUUCUAUGGUAUUCCAUUGAUGAUUAAUUCUUCAACUUAUUUAUUAGUCAUAACAUCAUCCUCAUCAAAUAUAACGUCUUAUUGUACAACAUAUACAACAUCAAUUUAUCAUCCACUAUGGAUGGUUUAUACAGAAAUUGGUUUAAUAUAUUCUAUACCACUUUUAUUUAAUUUUAUUGGUCUUUUAUUUCUUAUACAUAAAUUAUGUCAAUCAAGACCAAGAGGACUUGAUGCAAUUGAACGUAAACAUUAUGUUGAACAAAAAAAAAUGACAUGGCAUGUUGUUGUAUUAAGUUUAACAUUUAUAUGUCUAUGGUUACCAUGGAUUACAAUUCGAAUUUUAAUUAUAUUUUAUAAUACAAAACAAAUUCAACGUGCUUUACAAAUAGCAUAUUAUGUUCUUAUACUUAAAUCAGUAUUAUUUCCUAUAUUAUAUGCUGCAACAAAUUCAUCAUUUCGUGGGUCAUUUGCUAUGUAUAAACAUAAACGAAUUACAAUUAAUAAUCGUGUAUGGACAGUAAAUGAACAUUUUCAUUGA